UUGGCAUUUUUAGCAUUUGAUUUGGUGCUAAAUGUUUCUGGGAAUGCAGAAGCUGAAGCUCUCAAAAGUGCAGUAAACAGAAGAUAGGAGAUAUGAAGAUGGGUUUGUUUCUUCUAUUGGCAUUUUUAGCAUUUGAUUUGGUGCUAAAUGUUUCUGGGAAUGCAGAAGGUGAUGCAUUGAAUGCAUGGAAGACCAAUUUGGCUGAUCCAAACGAUGUUCUCCAAAGUUGGGAUCCUACCCUUAUAAAUCCUUGUACUUGGUUUCAUGUUUCGUGCAACAGCAACAAUAGUGUGACCCAUGUUGAUCUUGAAAAUGCAAACCUUUCAGGUCCAUUGAUUCCACAGCUUGGUCAGCUCUCAAAUUUGCAAUACUUGGAACUUCAUGACAAUAGCAUAAGUGGAACAAUUCCAGCAGAGCUUGGAAAUUUGACAAAUUUAAUUAGCUUGGAUCUUUCCUCCAACAAAUUGAGUGGUCCCAUCCCAUACUCAUUUGGCAACCUUCAAAAGCUACGUCUUCUGCUUCUGAACAAUAACAACUUGUCAGGAAACAUUCCUAUGUCUCUGACUACCGUUACCACUCUACAAAUCCUUGAUCUCUCAAGCAACAAUUUAACAGGAGAUAUCCCCAUCAAUGGCUCAUUUGCAUAUUUUACUCCCAUGAGUUUUCGGAAUAAUCCAGGAUUAAAACCACAAGAAUUCCCUCCACCUCCACCAAUGUUUCAGAUUGCACCAACCCUUUCAGCUGGGGGCCCCACUUCCCCAUAAUGAUCUCCAACAUUAUCAGCCAGGUUGUGCCGUGGGCCUUGCAAAUGAGAUAUUUUGUGUCUCCACUCUCCCACCAACAUCUCUUGGAAGUUCUGCUGCAUCCUCUGUCUCUGUCAUUUCAUUCUGAAUUCCUAGUUUGAUAAUUUUUUUGAGUUGUGGGUGCGUGUGUAGAUCAGUCAUUUUGGCAUUGUUAAAUGUGUGAGCAGUGGUACUGAUAUGUGAGUGGUUUAGCAGCUGUAUAGCAAUGGAUGGUUGAGAUUACAAGUGAAUAC